UUAGACAGCAAGCACUCUUUUGUUUAAUACUCGACUUUUAGCAGAGGAUAAAUUGAAAUAACAACUUUACCCCUUCAAUUCUACUCGGGUAAGCACUUUUUUUUUUCACCGGGGGUUCAAUGUAAUACUAUUUUUGAUUGCAUUUCAUGUUUUGUAAAAAGGGGUCCUUCUUUUUUGCAUAACCUGAAUACAGAGUACAUACGGAGUACUUAGCUUAGCGUACGGCAACAAUGCAUCGCGGAUGAAGCCAGAUACAGGAAAAAAAGAAAAUAUAUAUAUAGUUAUAUAUUAUCCCCCGAUCGAAACCAAAGGGAAACCUGGCCUGACCUUGGGUCUAACCAUUUCCCAUUCCUUCCCCAGCGAUUUCCAAUUUCCAGCCAAUAAUCUAUCUUUUCACAUAACUUUACCAAUUCGUCCCCCCUGUCUGGCUUUGGCACCCGCCGCCGUGAACAGGGAUUUUUAUUCAGGAACAAGGGCAACAAGCGACGGACUCUCGGGAUCAAAGGCUAGGGAAUCGUGGAUCAAGCCAAGGCAGGGAUCGCUGGUCUUGGAACGGCAACGGGGGCGUUCUUCGUCCCUUUUGUUUCGACCUUUUUUUUCGACCUUUUUUUUCGCCCU